UAAGAGUCAGUGUCCGCAGGGAACUAGGAGUACUCAUAAAGCAGAAACCACAAUUAUUGACUACGCAUCUGCACUCUCUCCCUCCCUGGUGAAACCCCUGUGGCUUGUGCUCUCUCUCUCUCUCUCAAAAAAUUAAAUGGACUCCCUCCAUCAAACCCCAAACCCUCAUUUCCAAACCCUACAAGACCAAUCCAAUCCUCCACCACCACCACCACCACCACCACCACCACCGGGGAACUUUGAUUUCAUCCCCGUUUACCCUAAUCCCCCCCCUCCUCCUCCUCCUCCAGCUGAAGAACCCCAAUUUCCUGACCCUGACAAUCAAGACAAAACCCUAAUUUCAAAUCCUCCUCAAUUUGCCCCUGAAAAUGGCCACAACCUCCAAACUACCACUCCAAAACCUGAGAUCCCCAAACCUUUACUUUCCGAGAACGGUGUCGCCAACACUAACAGUGGUGAUAGGGACUAUUCCGGUGGAGAAGAGGAAACCACCAGUCGACGCCGCCGCCGCAGUCGUUGGGACCCACCGGCGGAUUCUGGUACUGAUGGUGGUGGAGGUGGUAGUAGUAGUAAUACUAAUAAUAAUGAUUCGGGUAGCGGUACGAGGAAGCGAAAAUCGAGGUGGGCUGAUGAUGAACCGAAGCCGGUGAUUCAGUUGCCUGAUUUUAUGAAGGACUUUACUGGAGGUAUUGAAUUUGAUCCUGAGAUUCAAGCUUUGAAUGCUAGGCUAUUAGAGAUUAGUAGGAUGUUGCAGUCUGGUUUGCCUCUUGAUGAUAGACCGGAAGGAGCUAGGUCUCCUUCACCGGAACCUAUUUAUGAUAAUAUGGGAAUUAGGAUUAAUACUAGAGAGUACAGGGCAAGAGAGAGAUUGAAUAAAGAAAGACAAGAGAUUAUUUCCCAGAUUAUUAAGAGAAACCCAGCCUUUAAGCCGCCAGCAGAUUAUAGACCCCCUAAGCUUCAAAAGAAGCUUUAUAUACCUAUGAAAGAGUAUCCAGGCUACAAUUUUAUUGGUUUGAUUAUUGGGCCGAGAGGGAAUACCCAGAAGAGGAUGGAGAGGGAGACAGGUGCCAAGAUUGUGAUUCGGGGUAAAGGGUCAGUGAAGGAAGGGAGAUUGCAGCAGAAGAGGGAUUUGAAACCAGAUCCAUCAGAGAAUGAAGAUUUGCAUGUUUUGGUUGAGGCGGAUACACAGGAGGCAUUGGAUGCUGCUGCAGGGAUGGUUGAGAAAUUGUUACAACCCGUGGAUGAAGUUUUGAAUGAGCAUAAGAGGCAGCAGCUAAGGGAACUUGCUACUUUGAAUGGAACGAUUAGGGAUGAGGAGUAUUGUAGGUUAUGUGGUGAGCCGGGCCAUAGGCAGUAUGCAUGUCCUUCACGUACCACUACGUUUAAGAGUGACGUGCUUUGUAAGAUUUGUGGUGAUGGUGGACAUCCAACCAUUGAUUGUCCUAUGAAGGGAACAACUGGGAAGAAAAUGGAUGAUGAGUAUCAGAACUUUUUGGCUGAAUUAGGAGGGACUAUGCCAGAAUCUGCAACUAAGCAAACCGCUACCUUGGCUUUGGGGUCAAGUGGUUCUGGAAGCAAUCCUCCUUGGGCUAGCAGUAAUACUGGGGGUCUUGGUAGUGCCAAUCAAGCAGGACUGGGAGCUAAUGGGCUUAAACUUAAAGAAUAUGAUGAUACAAAUUUGUAUAUUGGUUACUUGCCACCUAAUCUUGAUGAUGAUGGUUUGAUUGGUUUGUUUUCGUCUUUCGGUGAAAUUGUGAUGGCCAAGGUCAUUAAGGACCGGAUCACUGGAUUGAGUAAAGGUUAUGGUUUUGUGAAAUAUCGUGAUGUUCAAAUGGCCAAUAAUGCAAUUGCAAGCAUGAAUGGUUACCGCAUAGAUGGUCGAACCAUUGCUGUGAGAGUUGCUGGUAAGCCACCUCAGCCUAUCGUCCCCCCAGGCCCCCCUGCAUCAACCAUGCCUGCAUACCCUGUUUCAACUCAACCACUUGGUGCCUAUCAAUCCCAGCAGUUUACAGCAGGCGGUCCCCUUCCGAAUGGUCCACCCACCAGCUACACAGGGGCUCCUGCUAAUUAUACAGGAACUCCGGUUCCAUGGGGAUCACCAGUUCCUCCUCCUUAUGCUCCUUAUGCUGCUCCUCCCCCUCCACCUCCUCCCGGGUCAACCAUGUACCCUCCCAUUCCUGGACAGCCUAUGCCUCCUUAUGGUGUACAAUAUCCUCCACUGGUUCAGCCAGUUCCCCCGGGUGCACCAACUCAGACUGUGACGCCUAGUGAGGCUCAACAAAGCUACCCACCAGGGGUGCCAUCUGAAAACAGCACAUCUGCUCCGCCUGCAACAUCGAAUGUGUAUGGGCAGUCUGGUGCUCAACCUGCGUACACAACUUCUUUGGGUUAUUCAUCUUACUACAGUGCAGUGCCGCCUCCUGCUCCCCAACCAACAACUGGCCAUUCACAGGGCAUGGGUAAUGUGCCUUGGGCCUCAAACUUGACUGUGCCACCUCCACAUUCUUCUGCAGAGAAGACAAGCUAUGGUCCAGAUGCAGAGUAUGAGAAGUUUAUGGCAGAGAUGAAAUGAGGCUCUUUUCGGAGUUACCUCUCAAUUGAGGACUGAUGUUUAUUGGCGCAACCUGAUUUCUUACCUCUUGCCAUGACUUUGUUGGAAGUUUGGGACUCACAUCUUUAACCUUGCUGUACUGUUAUGACAUUUGCAGAGAUUUGGGCUAGCGAGUUCACACAGCUACAUCUUAGAGAAGCCACUGAAAGCUUAUAAAUAUUUAUAUAUCUUGUCUUCUUUAUUGAACCUGAUUUUUUUUCUUAUCGAUGUUUGUUGCCUCCUAUUUAAUGUCUCGUCACUAACUUUUAUUGUUAUUAGCUUAAUUGAAUUUUCUGGAAGAACUCACUGACAUUUUUGUGUUACAUUUGGUUAUCUUUGGUUUGCUUAA